AUGGCUAGUGGCCCCAAUCAAUCGCAACUGAGCCUCGCUCGUUUUGCGUUCAACAUCUAUGGGUCGUUGGGCUCCAACGAUCAGCCGCGGGGCAAGUCUCCAGAUCCUCUGAAACCUUCCCUUCCUCGCCGAAAGAAAUUAAUGUAUUCGUGUGAACGAGAGAUCACUUGUCUCUCGCGGCUCAAGCAUCCAAUGGGAAGGCUAUCGGCAUCAUUUGACCCAUCGACAUCAGCUCCGAUCCACCAUGUUGUCAUUGGAGGAAAAAACUACUUGAAACUUCUUGCCCUUAAUAAUGAUCAGUCCGAAGUGGUGGCUGACGUCAAUAUUGUGGAGCCUCCAGGUCUGUCUCGGCUCCAUUCAUCUACAAAAUUGUUCAACGUCAACACCGUCAAGUGCUACGGCGACAUGAUCGCCUGUGGCCUUACCAGCGGGUCCGUACAUGUGCAUCAGGUCUCUGGAAACGGCAAGUCCCGUUUGGCGUACAAGUUGGAAGACCACAAGCGUGUGGUAAACUCGGUGGAUUUCACCGACCAUGAACAGGUGUUGUUCUCAGGUUCGCAAGACGGAACUGUCAAGCUUUGGGAUCUCCGGACAUUCAGUCCAAAGCCAGUGUUGAAACUCUCGGCUUCGCAGCACUCUGAUCCCGUCAGGUCUUGUGAAUAUUCACGUCACUCUAAAGUCAGAGGUAAAAUGACUGUUCUCUCAGUUCACGACUCAGGGCUGUUGUGUAAGUUCGAUUUGCGCUACCCAGGUUCUAACUCGUCCAGUACAGUUCUUCCUGAGCGUAAAUGGACCUUCCAUACUGGCCCUGCGCUCUCGUUACAUAUUCAUCCGGAGUCUGAGUAUGUGCUUACAGGAGGGCGAGAUAAGAAGAUUUGUGUGUGGAACUAUGGUGAAAACUCGCUGCAUCCAAACUCUCCUGAAAUGAUUCUCAAUACUUACGGCCCCGUCAUGAAAAUUCGUUGGAGUCAAAUCCCAUGUCACGAUCGGCCCCAUGGCGCAUCCAAUUUCGAGUUUGGCGAGGAUGACCAUGAUCCCAAGCUUUCAUUGUACGACUAUGAUUUUGCGUGUCUGUUCUUGAACGACGAUCCUACCAUCACAGUUUUCAAUUUAAGGAGAAAGCAUGUGCCUAAAGAGAUUGUAACAACCACCACUCUUAAGCCCUUCCAGAACUUCAUCUGGGCAGGAGACUCGUCCUCAACAGAGCGCAAAUUGUGGACCUUGACCAAGUCAAACAUGUUUGUUUCUUAUAAUUUGACUACUGGUGACGAUGGCUUACUGAACGUUACUAGACCUCUGGACGAUUUGCCCAGCAUCGUCACAACAUGGCAGAAUGGUUUCGCGGACCUCUCCAUUGUUACUCAAGACAGCAGGGAUUACGGUUUUCAGGGUCCUGAACAGGUGGAAGUGGAGUCCGAUAUCCUGGAUCGGACCAAUUUGGAUGAGUUUACUCGAAUCGAUGAAGAACACACUUUGGAGCAGCGCUCCUCUUCAAUCACCCUCGAUAAUUCCAACAUCUACUCGAAAACGCCCAUGGGAUCGCUUCCCAAUCCUUCCAAUUUACUUUACCAAAAAACUCAAAAUAAUUCGCCUAAGGAUCGGCCGCAGUUGAUCAGACUGUCGACAGCUUAUACUCCUACCAAGUCUCCAUCACCGGUUCCAUUUGGUCGACCUAAUGUGGUAGAUAACUACGGAUCGGUCAUGAGACCGUCUCUUCCUCGAAACCCGUCUCAAUCAACACAAGAUUCUGAAUCUCCGCUUUUUAUGUCACUGGUAGCCACUUCUAAGAAGUCACCUUUCAGUGGUCCUUCUCCGUACGUUGUUGGCGUGAGUGUUCCUAUUCCCCUUGGAGAUGAAGCAGUAUUUGAGGUGCUCGCAAAUGAAUACUAUACUUCUGUUCCAGACGGGUUUGCAUUAGCUGAUGUCUGUCAAAUGAAUGCAAGACUUGCAGCAAGUGUGCAGCGCUAUAGAGAUUGUCAAGUCUGGCGAUUACUUGCGGUAGCUCUUGAACAGGAGGAGAACAGCUUUUUCGAUGACUAUACUCACAAUGAGAGGGUUGUUGUUGAAGCCGAGAGUACUCUGAACCAAAGUGCUGCUGCUAACGAUGACGCUAAAUCAAUAUCUUCAGAUCUAGAUAAUUUCGUUGGGUCCUAUAACUCAAACUCAACUCUGACUACUAAUUAUGGUAGUGUUCCCAAGGGCUCUGAAGUUGCUUCGUCUUUACAUAACACCUCUCUCUUGGGAUCAUCAGCCUCCUCCAGGUUAGGUGGAUCGUUAAUGGGAUACAAAUCAGGCUCGACCGCAAGCAUAGACCAAUUUCAGUCAGGGCACUUGUCUGGGCCAUCAACUGCUUCUAGAGCCAACAGUCUGCUGAUGAAAAGAAGACCAUCGCUACCUGCCCCAAAAAUGAUCACUCCUUCCACUGAACAAGAGCAUGCUAUCGUAGAUGAUGAUGAAGAUGAUGUCCUUUCUGAGGCUUCAAAUCUGCCUAACAAGGAGCAUCAUAUUUCCAAGACAAUCCCUAGAAAGUCUUCAGCUAUUGAUAUCAGAAGUACCAAAUACCUGUCAUUCGGGGCUCAGACUAGUGCUUCUCCCGAAUUUUUCAAUGAAGAGGGCUCUCCGUUGAUGUACUCACGCAAGAACUCGGUCAAAAAGUAUACAGCAGCAUCUUUUUCUACAACACAGCAUCCAUGGGCCAUUCCAAACAGCUCCCAAGACUUGGAUAACGAGAAUUUGAACAUUCUUACAGCCGCUUCAUAUUCCACAUCUGCUAUGCACACAGGUAGUGGACAUACUGUCAACUCGGGAAUCAGAAGUAGACCUUCUAUGGGAUCCUUAAAAGGGUCCCCCAUAAUGACGGCUAGUUACGCUGGACGAGGAUCUUUUGCUGGAGGCAGAAGUGGAGCCUUGGGUAUCAAGCAGACCUCACCCCAACACCUCGAAAGGGUUGUAGAGGCUAACGGUAAUGAGCACCCACGUAAGUCAGCACUCACGAGUGCUUUUAAAGAGAAAGACAAAGAAGACGAGGAUUCCGAGGUGCUAUUUUCGGACAAGCCAUGGAACACUAUGGGGAUGCUCAAGAGGGCCAUUGACUAUGCCAUGGACCAAGGAGACAUCAUCAUGUGUUCUACGCUUAUAUUGCUAUUCUACGAGCUGCUUCAUAAGUACUUUCCAAAGAAAGUACUUAGCAAAGAAGGAUGUUUGGAGUGUUUGGGAAUGUACAUUGAAACAUUAAGGAAGAGACAGCUCUUUACUAAUGCUGUGAAGGUUGUGAAGGAUGCACCGACGGAUCUUCUGUAUGAAUUAAGCAAUUAUGCAAACAAGGACGUCGACUUAAGGUUCUAUUGUUGCUGGUGCAACAAACUAAUGCUCAAUGAAGCAUCCAAGGCUAAGCACGGUGCUGGUAGUGACAAAUUCGGAUUUUGGUACUGUGAUAAUUGUCGACGGAAGCAGCUGAACUGUAUUUACUGCAACGAGCCAUGCAAGGGUCUCACGGUUGUUGUCAGUCUCAAAUGUGGUCACCGGGGCCACUUCGGGUGUUUACAGGAGUGGUUUAUCAUUGAUCAAAACACCGAAUGUCCGGGUGGAUGCGAAGAUUCAGUGAUGGCAUAG